AUGCGGGAGGCUGUCCACCAGGGAGAGAGUGAGGAGGACUCGGACUCAACUCAUGCGUCUGCUGAUGCUGCCAGGCUGCAUGCAGUUGCGCGGCGCAUUCAGCUGAGAGAACAUGCUAGUAGGCAACAACAACUCCAGCUUCACAAGCAACUGCAACAGCAACAGCAGUUGCUGCAGCAGCAGCAACAGCAACUGCACCAGCAGGAUGCGUUGCUGCGGCAUCAAGAACAAUUGCUUCGGCAGCAAGAACAACAGCUCGCAAGCCGGGAAACUGAAGCUGGGCUGCUGCUGCGUCAGGUGAGCUUGCUGCAGCAGCAGCUCGAGGAGAGAGCGGAUCGCCUCGCGGCAGCAGAAGGCAACUAUCUCGACGUCACUGCCUCACUGCAGCAGCUGCAGCAGCGUGUAGCGUUGGGCGAUGAGGCAAGACUGCUGGUAGAAGAGGUGCGGCAGCAGCAGCAGCAGGACACGCAGCACCUCUAUGCCGAGGUUCGUCGCCUGCGCCGCCAGCUCUCUCACCGUAUUCAGCUCGCAGUAUCCUCUGAAGAGGACAGGGGCGGAAUGAGCUCUCGAGACAGAGAAGCGGACUUGGAGAAGGACGGAGUUCAAAGGAGUGUCUGCAGUGAAUCGCCUGCUCAACAGAUGGCGACGGGCGGGGGGCGCCAGCAGCCUCCAAGUGGAGGGCUGUCACUGCCGCCCAGGAGGACUGAGGGGGAGCAGCAGGACAGAUACGCUGCAGGCGGUCUCUGGUGCUGUGUGGAAGCAGCUGAAUCCGCUUCAUGUACUGCUUGGGGUUGCAGCGCGUCGUGCUGCUGCAGCAGCGAUGACCAGCACGAGGCAAUGGUUGGGGAGCUUCGGACUGCGCUGCACAGUUGCAGCGGCGCUAUGGAAAAUCGACUAUCCGGGGAGUCAGCGCGUUCGUCAGCAGCGGCAGCAGAAGCUGCCGUUUUGGCUGUACAGGAAGUUCUCAAUCGCUGCCCAGCGACAGGUGCCGACCCCGAAAUCGUGGGCAUGCUGCUGGAGAGGCUGAGAGCCGAGAGCAUGCAGAUUCGGGUGUACUCGCAACAAAGACAUGCAGCAUCCUCCAGUAUGGCGACAAGCAGCACUGAAUUGCAAGUGCAGCAUCAGGGAGGACUUGCAUCAAUAGAUGAGUCGAUGGAGCGGGAGGCAUACGACGUUUUGGGCACAGCGUUGUGUGACGAAGUGCUGCUGCCUCUUCUCGCCGUGCAGAACAUAUCUUCAUUGCUGCGACUCAAGCAGCAAGGGGUCUUGCUUGCAAACUCGCGCUGGCUGCAGCUUCUCAAGGAGACUGUCGGCAGCAAAUUUUUAGAAGGGAGCUGUUGCCUUUCCAGCAACGACGGCAGCAGUAGGACUGAGCUGAUGCAGGGGAAAAAAUCAACUGGAGUAUCUCCGCAAGGAAGCCUUACAGAUAACGUUGCCGUGACGCCAGCUGAAAGCUGGGAGACACGAGGGGAAGGGAGACAGCACGUGCUCUUGCAGCUACUCUUGCGAGGCUCCGGGGGAGUGGCUGCGGCAGCAGGGCUUCUGCGGCAUGGGACUGCCCCACUGGCUCUCCAUGCAGCGACUCUCACCGACAGAAGCUCAGGCAACAACGUCUUCCACCUCAUCUGCCUGAGGCAAGCUGCUUCACUCAGUCUGCUGCACUGGAGUGUACAAUUACAUUGUAGUGGCACACCGUCUUGUAUAUGGGGCAUGCACCCCAUGCUACUUGUCUUCAGGAAUUUGCCGCAGCUCUUUGGUACGCUUAGCCUGACAUCUCUUCCUUGCGAACUGCUCUACGCGCAAAACAGGCAAGGCAAGACCCCAGCAGACCUGUUGCCUUUGUUGCUACCCGCGCAUCUACAACAUUUGAGUGGGCUACAGAAAGCUGCAGCGGCAGGAGAAAUGCAUCAGCGCGCAGAGUUUCAAGAAGAAGUUUCUGGCGUGUCGUGCAACUUGAGGGCCUGGCGAAGCGUCGUAUUCGAAUAUGCAGCCAAGGCAAGCUCGCUUUACAGGCAACACCAUAACGAAGCUGCCCUUGCCCUUUACACUGAGGCACUGAAACUGCAGCAGCGGCUGCUGGAGAAGCAACAGCAGCUUGAUGAGGUCACCGGCGGCGUCAGCUCCUCUAAUCUUUCGCUCAUGGAAAACACGGCAAAGCUUGCGUUUAACAAGGGUCGAAGCGCUCUCCGUCUUGGCCGUUGGAUUUGCAGCCUUCAGAGCUGCUCGCUAUGCCUAAGCAUGACUCCGAACUACAAAGCUGCCUAUGAAACAGCUGCCGAGGCUUGCGAAUGGUUGCUAGAUUUUGAGGGGGCGCUCAACUACAUGCAGCUCAUGCGGCAGCACUGCCCAGACUCUUUCGCCGCUGAACACUAUCAGAAGCGACGACUGUACGAAGCCCAGUUGCAUGCAUCUAGCUUCCAAGUCCUGGGGAUUGAAAGGGGUGCUCCCAAAGCAGCAGUAAAUCGCGCAUUUCGUCGCAUGAGUAUUUUAUGGCAUCCGGACAAGGCUUCUGCUCUCUCUGAAGACCUUCGUCUGAGACACGAGAACCACUUUAAAAGACUGAAUGAAGCGCGCAUCACGCUCCUGGAUGCUGAGUCCUAUGCGAGACAGCUGCUCCUGCCUAAUCAGCCACUGUACAGGCAUCCGGAGUUGCUUGUUGUUUCCAAGCCGGUGCAGCAGUCGACGCCUUCUCCGACCCUGGUGCAGCCGGAACAACUCACCACAGAGCAGCAGCAACAUGACACUCACCAGCAAAAUGAUCAGCAGCAAGGGCAGGAAAGCCGGCAGUGUGAAGCAGAUGAAGCGGAACCGCGGAUCGAAAAGCUGCAGCAACAGCGGCAGCAGUUGCUGCGUUCCAUCGGGAGCCUACAAAGGCAGCAGCACGAGUUGCAACGCGAACUCGAAGAGCACCAAGCAGCAGCUGCGCAGCAGUCCGGAUGGAGCAGUACGAGUAAUUCCUUGCGUUGGCAUGAGCUUCAGAAGCUGCAGCAGCAACAGCAAAAUAAGCAGAAGAGGCUCAUAGAGUGUGAGACUGAAAUCGGUGAGUGGCUACACAGAAAGCAAAAGCAAAACCAAGAGCUCCAACAGCAGCCGCUAAGCCAGCAGCCGCAAGAGCAGAGCAAGUCAUCUCAGGACCAACAGCAACAGCGAGGGGACAGUCAGUCAACCGAAAAAGAAAAGGUCGAAGGGAGUGCAAUGGCGGCGGCGGCAGAGGUUAUAAAUGAAGCAGCAGCAGCUGCCUUAUCAGGGCGGGACCAAGCGAAACCUGAUGAUGACAGCCCUUCUUGGGACUCUGCCACUUCCAGUGACAGCGAUACAGACUCAACGAAAGCGCAUAGUGUCUUUGAAGGGUACGGGCACACCUGCGGCAACAGCAGCUCAGGCUUCCCGACGGCAACAACUGCUGUGCCGACACCACCCCCUCUCAGAAGAGUAGCCAGCGCCUCGACACAACAGCGCCGCAGUUCUUCGGAAAUACCGCCGUCGAGGACCUCGCCUAGCGAAACAACCAGGGCACCGAACGCGGGGAGAGCCAGGGAGUACUCUUGCGCCACCGCAUCUCGUCUCUCAGGCCGAUGCGGGUCGCGCGCCUCAUCUGCAGGGCCACAGAUAAGAACAGGAGAGGCAGCAAUAACAGCAACAGCUACAACACCAGCGGCUACCGCACGAGCGGUAGCCCCAUCUGCCAGUAGUAGCACGACUAAGUCUCCCAUGCAACCGCGGCAGCAGCAGCUGCCGUCGCCUCCCCCUCGACGAGUAGCGGCAACGCAAGGCGUGCGGAAAGAUAGCAGCAGAAGUAGCAGCGCCGGCAGCGGUGGCUGCAAGACGAAGGGUACCUCGGGGCGCAGACGUUUUGUCCGCACAAGGGGGUAUCUGCAGCAGCAGCAGGGGGCCUCACAGCAGCAGCGACACGAGCAGCAGGAGCACCAGGAACAGCCGCAGCGACGGCAGCAACUCUGGGGGGGGACAGUGGGCGGGAGCGAAGCUACGGGCAGCACCCCUCAAACGCAACCAGCUAGCGCAACUGUACCAGGCGGGUCGUCGUCGGAUGCGACACCGCAGGCAGCAGCAGCGGCUGCAGCUGCGUGGCUCUUGCCUCCUGACUUCCCCGAGCCGUUCGGUGCAGAGGGCCGCCCGCCGCAACAUCAAGCUGACGAUUUGGGCCCUGCUUCGGGGCAUAUGCAACAGCAGCAGCAGCAACGGAGCCCUCAACGUGAUUAUCCUGACCCGGAGGGCCUGGUCCAAGCUGUAAGACACCAACAGAAUGAAGGCACGCGAGAGCAGACCCUCGUGGACUCCCCUGCAGUGCUGUCCCAGUCCUUGGAUGGGCAUCGUAUGCGGCAGCAGCGACUACAGCAAGACAUACAGCAGCAACAUAUGCUGCACCGCGAGAUGCAGCAACACAAAGAGAUGCAGGCAACCGGAGAGGCGGACAGGCGCCAACUGCUGUUUCCAGAUGAAGAUUUACCCACGUUUCCGACCAAUGAAGAGGCAACAGAAACAGACAAGCCUGCAGUAUGCAGCCAGGCAACUGCUACCGCAGGGCGAACUGUGCCAACAACUCAAGCGGAAGAGCCUACCACUCCCCAUGAUGGGCGGUGGGCCUCCUCUGAGGAGAACCCGCUGCUUUCUCGGGAGAAGAGCCAACAGCAAAGAAACCCGCGCUGGCCAGUGCCACCUAACUGCAGGAACGCUGUUGCCGAGGCAGACAGCCACCCAGCACAUAGUCUGCACGUCCGCCGAGGAGCGCUUCCUACGGACGGUACUCCAGCGGAGACUUCUGGAGGUGGCCAAGGGGCAGGCAUCGCUGAGAUGCAUCAACCCAGCAAUCUCAGUGGAGCUGCAAGCGCGGGAGAGAGCUGCGGCAGCAGCUCUAGCGACCGCAGUGCUGAUCGACCUGACAGGAGAGGAAGCACGAGUAGGAACAGCAGUAGCGACAGCGAAGCUGAAAACCCCGCCGACUCUUCACGGGCACCUGGGCAUUGGAUGCCCCCAAUUUACACUCAGCAUAAACGAAACCUCAACCAGCAGGAGCAGGAGCAAGGACAUUUGUACCACUCCAUGGCGCAGGACAAUUUCCCUCAGCAGACACAGCCAUCUGUAGAUGGCGUUGGUCCCAGUCAUUGGGGACUGGAUGCACCGCAGCGCAGCUCCGUGCCAUCCUUGGGGUGCAGCAGCGGCGGUAUAAAUGAAGGUGCCACAUUGCGCAUAGGCACAGGCGUACCAACAGCGACACCUACAAGGUUAUUUCCUCAGUACGACCCCUCGGAUAUGGAAAUGCACCGCUCAGCGCAAGGUGUCAGUUUGACUGGAACUCACGAGACGUCGUGCAGCGUUCGUAACGUUCUGCAGACUGGCGGGGCGAUCAGGUCGAGACUGAAAAAGCAGCUUAGUGUCAUAGUUGGUGGAGUUGAUGUAUUCUGGAUGGAGUUAAAGCAGAGUAGCGAAGCCCUUGCCGGAACUUCAUGGAAAACAUGUUGGUAA